AUGUACGAGGACUGGUGUGUUCCAAAUGGUCAAGGAUCCGAUGAUCUUGUUACAGCCUCUCUCGCGAGGGGGGUGUUUAGGCCGGUGGUGCAAUUUUUACGCGCCCUGCUAAUACAGGGCGGUACGUGGGUGCGCUAUUUAGCCCUUGAUGACGCUCGACUCGGUCCUAGGGUCGUAUCCGGAGGUGUUCAAUCCGGUGAUAGGGAGCCAAGGAGUAUUCUCGACUUGGGCCUGUUGUCACUAUCAGUGGUAGUGGACAGACUCGCUACUCGUGGUCAAGCCACGUCAGGUGAGACCCCCGGUUUAUCCGGGGCAAGCCAAGCCAGGCGACCAGUGGUCGAAGCCGCUGUUCCAGCCCUGGUGUCCAGUGUUGUUAGUACUCGAGGAGAAUAG